UAUUUUUGGACUAUGGCGUCUCCCACAGAAAACAAUGCCUCUGAUGUACAGUCCUCGAAGGCGAAACCUCCAAUAGCAUAUGAGGAGUUUGAAGACUGCUUCACUUGCAGAGCCACAGGUUCCGCUGCAUUUAUCGGACUCGGAGUCUACAGCUACUAUACGGGCAUGUCCAACUUACAAAAACAAGAGCAGUCAAUCAUGCGGAGUGCAACAAAGUACAAGAUGGGCUCUCGCCGAUUGGGGAUCGCGACUAUUUCUGCAGCUCUGGUUGGCGUGGGCGUUUGGCGGGCUUUUAAUUGAUAUACCAAUACGACGGUUCAAUGAAUGUAUAACUUUACUAUUUCGAGAGUUUCCGGUACGGAUGAUGUAUAGUAUAUGAUUAUGUGCAGGAAAGUAUAAUCAAGCGUCACCAGACCCAAGAGUGAAAAAAAGAGAGUUAAAAAAAAAGAUUAUCGGGUAUCACCAUAUCGGAUAGACUCUAUAACGUGUAAUGCGUAUAGCCCCAAAGUCACAAAAAAAAAUAUAAAAGGACACAUGAGAAUCAGAGUUCCCAA